AUGGGUCAACAAGCUGGUCAUCAUCAAAAUUAUCCCGUUCCUUAUGAAGCACAAAUUUCACCACCAAUUAGCUUUGGUACUCAAGUACAUGUUGCUGGUACAGCACAUGGCGAUCAAUUUGAAGUCAACUUGGCUAAUCGUCGUGGUGAUAUCGUUUUACAUGUUAAUCCACGUUUAAGUGCUCAUCAAUUAAUAUUAAACUCUGCACCAGGUGGUGGUUGGGGUGCUGAAGAACGCGCACCAUUGAAUAUUCAACGCGGUCAACCUUUUAAUAUCAUAAUUAUGGUUACUCAACAAGGCUUCAAAAUCGCUGUUAAUAAUCAACAUACAGCUGAUUAUAACCAUCGAAUGCCUUUUAAUGCAGCUGAUUUAGUUACUAUUAAAGGUGAUAUACAAUUAUCAAAUGUUCAAAUCUAUCCAGGCAUGACUGGUCAACAUGGUCAACCAUGGCAAUUUGCUAUGGAAACUCCAGUACCAAUGAAUGUUUUUCCUGGUCGUGUUAUAACUAUUACUGGUCAAUCAGCACAUA